AUGACCGCUACUACUAUUCCUUACAACAUCCCUUCGCGUUUCAGAAUUGCAAUUAUCGGCUCCGGGAACUGGGGUACGGCCGUCGCCAAAAUCGUAUCUGAAAACACAGCUGAAAAAUCGGAUAUCUUCGAGCCCAUCGUUAAGAUGUGGGUUUUUGAAGAAGAUGUCCAGGGAAGAAAAUUGACGGAAAUCAUAAACAAUGACCACGAAAAUGUCCGUUAUUUGCCAGGAGUGCAAUUGCCAGAAAACUUGGUAGCCGUCCCAGACAUCGUCGACACAGUUAAAGAUGCUGAUUUGCUCAUUUUCAACGUUCCACACCAGUUUUUGGGCAGAAUCUGCAAGCAAUUGAUCGGCAAAGUUUCUCCAUCUGUGAGAGCUAUCUCGUGUUUGAAAGGUUUGGAAGUCAAUUCCGACGGCUGCAAAUUGUUGUCUCAAGUAGUCACAGACACUUUGGGAAUCUACUGUGGUGUCUUGUCUGGAGCCAACAUCGCCAAUGAAGUUGCUAGACAAAGAUGGUCCGAAACCUCAAUCGCAUAUACAGCUCCAAAGGACUUCCGUGGUCCUGGACUCGACAUUGACGAUUUCGUCUUGAAACAAGCUUUCCACAGACCUUACUUCCACGUUAGAGUUAUUGAAGAUGUCAUUGGUGCUUCUAUAGCUGGUGCUCUCAAGAAUGUCGUGGCCAUUGCAGUGGGUCUCGUAGAAGGCGCUGGAUGGGGUGACAAUGCCAAGGCUGCUAUCAUGAGAAUUGGUAUCAAGGAAACUAUCCGGUUUGCUUCUUACUACAAGAAGUUUGGCAUCAGAGGCGCAGCUCCAGAGCCCACUACAUUUACAGAAGAAAGUGCCGGUGUGGCCGAUCUUAUCACUACAUGUUCCGGGGGUAGAAACGUCAAGGUCGCCAGAUACAUGGUCGAAAAUGGUGUCGAUGCCUGGGAAGCUGAAAAGAUAUUGUUGAACGGGCAGAGUUCACAAGGUAUCUUGACUGCAAAGGAAGUGCACGAGCUCUUGGAGAACUUUGACUUGAAGGAGGAAUUCCCCUUGUUCGAAGCAACUUAUGCGGUAAUUUACCAAAACCAUUCUGUGGACGACUUCCCAGCAUUGUUGGAGUGUUAAUUCUCCAUUUUUAUAAAUCCUACGGUUGCAUAUAUAUAGGGAAAUAGCUUAAUAGCCGGGUAUAGUACAUAAUCUUAUUUAUAAUUAGACUUUUUGAGGGAUCCACAUUUUUCUGGGUGCCAAACUCC